CAUUCGCUCAGCACACAAAAUUGAGUUAUUUUCAUUUUUCAUACUUACGUUAUGUGUUGUAAAUAAUUGUUAAUAAUUUGCGAAUCGAUACCAUAGGCACCGAAUUACACACACACACACACAGAGAGAGAGAGAGAGAGAGAGAGAGAGAGAGAGAAUCGGAAAAUGUUGCGAAUUCAACAACUCAAUCGAUUACCCACCAUUUCCCUGUUGCGCAACUAUUCAUCAUCAAAAAAGGAUGCAGAAAAAGUUAUACCAAAGAAUUUAUUAGAGGGAAAAUUCCAGGCAAUCGAACGACAGCCAAAUGGUCCCAUUGUUGACAAUAAACCAUUUAAAAUUGCGCUGAAAGCAGGCAAAAAGUACUCGUGGUGCCUGUGCGGACAAUCAAAAUCACAGCCAUUAUGUGAUGGAACACAUAAAUAUGUCCAUUAUAAAAUUAAGGAAAAACCCAUUCAAUUCGAAGUGGAAAAAGACGGUGACUAUUGGAUUUGCAUGUGCCGACAAACGAAGCAUCGUCCAUUCUGCGAUGGAACGCAUAAAGAGCCACAAAUUCAAGAGAAAAAUGUUCGAUUUUUUUAAAUUGAUCUAAAGAAAAAUAUUCAAAUCGCCUUUAGAGCUAGAAACUAAACAUGAAAU